AUGAGUAUUUCACAGGAAUGGCCAGCGGCUCGUGUGCGAGAAACAUAUAUUGAUUACUUCAAGAAAAAUGGACACACGUUUGGUAUGAAUCACUUGUUCAAAUUGAGAUUGUUACUGAGAUUGCAAAAAGUGCCUUCUUCGUCCGUCGUUCCUCACUCGGAUCCUUCUCUACUCUUUGCCAAUGCUGGUAUGAAUCAGUAUAAAUCGAUAUUCCUGGGUACAGUCGAGCCAUCCUCGGACUUCGCAAGCUUGAAAAGGGCGGUGAACUCGCAAAAGUGUAUACGCGCCGGAGGAAAGCACAAUGACCUUGAUGAUGUCGGCAAAGAUAGCUACCACCACACUUUUUUCGAAAUGAUGGGCAAUUGGUCCUUUGGUGACUAUUUCAAAAAGGAAGCCAUACACUAUGCAUGGGAUCUCCUUACGAAAGUCUACGGUCUGGACCCUUCACGUCUUUAUGUGACGUAUUUCGAAGGUGAUGAAAGCAGCGGGGUGAAACCUGACCUCGAGGCUAAGGACCUUUGGCGAUCUGUUGGCGUGGAAGACGAUCAUAUACUCACCGGUGACAUGAAGGACAAUUUCUGGGAGAUGGGUGAUCAAGGACCAUGUGGACCAUGCUCUGAGGUGCAUUACGACAGAAUAGGAGGCAGAAAUGCUGCAAGUUUGGUAAAUCAAGACGACCCCAACGUUUUGGAGAUCUGGAAUCUCGUGUUCAUUCAAUACAAUCGUGAGCCUGAUCGUAGUCUGAAGCCGCUGCCAAACCAGCAUAUAGAUACUGGACUGGGGUAUGAGCGGCUUGUGUCUGUUCUACAGGACAAACCCAGCAACUACGACACUGACGUCUUCACGCCUCUUUUCAAACGAAUACAAGAAGUCACGGGCAAGAAAGAAUAUCAAGGCAAAUUCGGUGAUGAGGAUACUGACGGCCUUGAUACUGCGUACCGAGUUGUGGCAGAUCAUGUGAGGAUGCUCACAUUCGCUAUAAGUGAUGGUGCUGUACCAAACAACGAGGGUAGAGGAUACGUAGUGAGGAGAGUGUUGAGGCGAGGCGCAAGGUAUGCGCGAAAAUACUUCGAUGCAGAAAUUGGGACUUUCUUUUCGAAAUUACUGCCUACUGUAGUACAACAGAUGGGUGAUAUGUUCCCUGAGAUCAAAAAGAAAGAGAGUGAUCUGCUCGAGAUAUUGGAUGAGGAAGAGGAGGCGUUCUCUAAGACUUUAGACCGAGGAGAGAAACAGUUCGAGGUUUUUGCGAAGAAAGCUGAGGACAGUAAUUCGAAAAAGUUGCAUGGGCAGAAAGUCUGGAAAUUGUACGAUACCUAUGGGUUUCCCGUCGACUUGACAAGGAUAAUGGCAGAGGAGAAAGGUUUGAGCAUCGACGACAACGAAUUUGAAGAUGCAAGACUACAGGCGAAAGAGGCGAGUAAAGGCGUCAAGAAAGCCGCCACCGAUCAGCUCAAACUUGACGUCCACGCAACAGCCAAGCUAGAUGAAGCAAAUGAUAUCUCGAAAACUGACGAUGAUGCCAAAUUUGAACGCGGGAACACUACGGCAGUGAUCAAACGGGUCUACAACGGUCAAUUCCUGGGAAGCACGAAAGACAUUCAGGAAGGCGACCAACUUGGCUUACUACUGGACAAGACGAACUUCUACGCUGAACAGGGUGGCCAAGAAUUUGAUACUGGCAAGAUCAUUAUUGACGGCAAAGCAGAAUUCGAAGUACAGGAUGUCCAGAUGUAUGGUGGGAAAUACGUUCUCCACAUUGGUUAUAUGAAGGAAGGGACGCUGUCCACCGGCGACGAAGUCAUUUGCGAGUACGAUGAAUUACGGAGGUGGCCAAUACGUAACAAUCAUACUGGUACCCACAUUCUCAAUUUUGCAUUGCGAGAAGUCUUGGGUGAUGCAAUUGAACAGAAAGGCUCACUUGUCGCCCCAGAGAAACUUCGCUUUGACUUCUCCCACCGCGCUCCAGUGUCUGACUCCGAACUCGAGAGAAUCGAAGAUAUCUCCACCAAAUACAUCCGGCAAAAUUGUAUGGUAUAUUCCAAAGAAAUACCCCUGGCCACAGCCCACCAAAUCCAAGGCGUACGCGCCGUCUUCGGAGAGAAGUACCCCGAUCCUGUCCGCGUAGUCUCUGUAGGUGUCGACCUUGAUCUCGAAGACCUGAAGCCCGAUGACCUCAAAUGGAAGGAAGUCAGUGUGGAAUUUUGCGGCGGCACGCAUGUUGCAAAGACAGGCGAUAUUAGGGACCUUGUCAUUGUCGAGGAGAACGGCAUUGCAAAGGGAAUCCGCCGCAUCAUUGCCGUCACAGGCGAAGAUGCUCACGCCGUCCAACGAACAGCCAGAAAGUUUGCUGAACGAUUGGACCUGCUAGAAAAGAAGAGCCCUGGUCCUGUUAAGGAACAAGAUAUCAAGACUACGCAGGCAGAUUUAAAUGGCCUAUCCGUUUCUGCGAUAACGAAAACAAAACUCAAGGAUCACCUGGGCAAGAUCGUCAAGGCGCAGCUCGAAGAGCAGAAAGCACAGCAAAAGGCGGAGGCGAAAAAGGCGCUCGAUACAGUCAAUGAAUACUUCACCGCGCACCCUGGCGCGAAGACCCUAGUCGUCAAGGUCCCGAUCAAUGCGAAUGCGAAAGCCAUCAGCGACGCAAUCAAGACCGUGCAGAGCAAGCGGAAAGACAAGACCGUGUACCUCAUGGCUGCGGACUCUGGAGCAGAAGGAGGGAAAAUCAUUCAUUCAUGUUUCGUUUCCGAGGAAGCCAACAAGAAAGGCCUGCAAGCAAGCGAGUGGACCAGCUCAAUCGCUAGCAUCGUGGGAGGCAAGGCUGGUGGAAAGGGAUCCUCGAGUCUAGGAAACGGCACGAAUCCGGAGAAGAUUGACGAGGCGGUGGAGGCGGCGACGAAGUAUUUGGAAAAGUUCUCCCUCUGA